AUGAUGCUUGAAGCGGUUGCAUCUCAAGUUCUUUGGACUUGGCUUGCAUUCUUUGGUAUGCCUGCCGGAAAUAACGAUUUAAAUAUUCUUAAUCAAUCACCCAUUUUCUACGACCAUAUGAACGGUGUUGGGCCGAAAGGAUCUUUUUUUUUUGUUAAGGAUGUGGAGUAUAAAUAUGGUUAUUAUCUGACGGAUGACAUAUACCCGGAUUGGGCUGUGUUUGUAAAAUCAUUUACACGGGAAAUGAAGUUAGACGAAAAGAGACGUAAGUUUAAUGGGACUCAAAUGGCUAGAAAGGACAUCGAACGAGCGUUUGGUGUUUUGCAAUCAAGAUGGCACAUUUUGAAAGUGUCGUGUAGAAUUAUGGAAAAAAUUAGUAUUCGAAAUGUGAUGUAUGCGUGCGUUAUUUUGCAUAACAUGAUUUUGGAGGAUGAUGGACGUGCAAUUUGCGAGUAUUACGAGGAGACAAGUCAACCAAGCAUCGUAGAACUAAGUGAUGAAGAAAAAGAAGCGAACUUGAAUGAAAUUAAACAUGAUACAACACAUCACAACCUUCGAGCGAAUUUGGUUGAACACAUUUUGAGCGUUCCAUGA